AUGGAUGCGCAAAAAGAACUCCCACGCAUUCGUGCGUGUCUCUUCGACAUGGACGGUCUACUGAUCGAUUCUGAGGACAAAUACACUCUGAUCACCAACGAAGUCCUUGCAAUGUACGGAAAGCCGGAGCUACCCUGGUCGAUCAAGUCUCAGCUGCAGGGUCGCCCCCAGCCCGAGGCCAGUAAGAUUUUCCAUGACUGGGCUCAACUGCCCAUCACCCCUGAGGAAACAGCUGCCAAGCAAGUAUCAUUGCAAGCGAAAUACUUCCCACAGUCCCAGCCAUUGCCUGGUGUGGCCACACUUCUGUCUAAUCUAGUGUCUACCCAGACCACAGAUCAGCCCGUAGAGAUUGCGUUGGCAACAUCCUCUCACAGCAAGAACUUCAUGUUGAAGACGGAGCACCUAAAGGAUCUCUUUACUGCCUUCCCUGGUGUGCAUCGUGUUCUGGGCGAUGAUCCUCGGAUCGGCAAGGGACGUGGUAAGCCAUUGCCUGAUAUCUACCUGCUCGCAUUGGAGACCAUCAACGAGAAGCUACGUACCAAGGGUGAGACCGAGAUCAAGCCCGAGGAAUGCCUGGUCUUUGAAGAUGCAGUGCCGGGUGUAGAGGCUGGUCGUCGUGCUGGUAUGCAGGUUGUCUGGUGCCCGCACCCCGGUCUUCUGGAUGCGUAUAAGGGUCGUGAGCAAGAGGUCCUGGCGGGCCUCACAGGAUCUCACAAGGAUGAGGAGAAGACUCCUGCUGAGAAGGAAGCUGAGGAGUUGCAGGCUUGGCGUGUCCAGGGCUCUGGAACCCCUGGAAAGCUUGGUGAUGGGUGGGGCCAAUUUGUUGGAUCCCUCGAGGAUUUCCCAUAUGGUCGUUAUGGAAUUCGGAUACCCUAA